AUGACCGAUGAAAAAAUUAGGCAGAAAGAGAAUAGUGAUGAAAAUCAAAAGAAAAUUAAAGAGAAGAAUGUUCAGAAUGACAUAAGAACAUCACCAAUAACAUUUCCUUUUCCACCAAGGCAAAGUAAGUUGAAGGCCGAUGAUAUACAAUUCAAGAAGUUUCUUGAGAUAUUUUCUCAAUUACACAUCAACAUUCCUUUUGUCGAAGACUUGAAGAAAAUGCCCACAUACGCUAAGUUCAUGAAAUAUGUUCUCACAAGGAAAACAGUCUUUGAAGAGUUUGAAACGGUCGCCAUGACGAAAAGUAGUUUCUGCCUACCAUGGAGAAUUGGAAUUUUAAACGUGAUAAGUUUGUGUGAAUUAAGAGCAAGCAUCAAUUUGAUGUUUUUGUCAUUCUUUCAACAAUUAAAAGUUGGAGAAGUUAGACCGACCACAAUUUACUGUCUAUCCAGAAGGAAAACCAUUUUGGCCACUACCGGAACAUUGAUCUAUGUGAAAAAGGGAGAAGUCACGUUGAGAGUGAAUGAUGAGAAAAUAACUUUCAAUAUGUUUAAAGCUCUCAAACAACCAUUUGAUAUGGAAGAAUGCUCAUUUGUCCGAGUCACAGAUAACUUGGUAAAUGAAAAAGUGGUGCAAUUGAGUAAAGUGACUCAUGAAUUUGAGGAAAUAGAAUAA